GCCGUCGCGGCGAGGCGAGUCGAGGCGGGUGGCCGCCAUGUCGCGCUCCCAGCGCUCCCGCAGCGCCUACUACUUCUUCGUGCGUGACCGGCUGCCCGUGCUGCAGCAGCGCGGCCUGCCCGUGGCCCGAGUGGUCGAUGGCUUUCCCCACCUCACCCAGGAGUGGGCGCUGCUGACGGUGGAGGAGAGGAUGUUCUAUGCAGAGAAAGCUCAAAAGUGGAAUGAAAAGAAAUCCCUUCAGAAGGCGGCGAAGGAGAUGCUUAAUAAUCCAGUACCGGCUGGUGUGACUACAGAGGUGUACAGAGUGACAUCUCUUCUUGAUGCCUCUGCUAUAUCGUGGAUGAGUGAUCAGGCCGUGCUUGCAGACACCUUCUAUUUCCUGAAUGUUUACAGUCACGGCAAGCUGCCGUCCCACUGUGACCAGCGCUUCCUCCCUUGUGAAAUCGGGUGUGUCAAGUACUCCCUGCAGGAAGGCAUAAUGGCUGACUUCCAUCACUUCAUAGAUUCAGAAGUACCGCCACGUGGUUAUCGGUACCACUGCCAGGCUGCUAGUGAUGCUACUCAUAAGAUCCCUAUAUCUGGAUUUCAUCUUUCACGUACUUGCUAUCCAGUGGUCAUACGUGAACUUCUUCAGUUUGCCCAGCCAGCCAAAGGUGCUUGGCCUCGUUUUUACUGCAAGUCUGAUGACAGAUUCCGAAUCAGCUGGUGUCUUGAACGAAUGGCUAGCAUAGCAGGUGUUGACAGCCCUCUGGAGCUUCUUACUGUAGAAGACCUGGUAAUAAAACUGUACCAGAAGAAAUAUCAUAAGGAGCCAUCCAAGACUUGGGUGUCUAGAGAGCUAGAUGUUGUCCUGUGGGAUUUUUCCAGUAAUACCAGGUGUGAGUGGCAUGAAGAGAAUGAUAUACUUUGCUGUGCUUUGGCGUCCUGUAAGAAAAUCGCUUAUUGCAUCAGUAAAUCUUUAGCUGGUGUGUAUGGAGUCUCGCUGACAGCUGCUCACCUGCCUCCUAAAGACUGUGUUUCCAAUGGAAAUACAAAUCUCAGGCGGGUAAUACUGGAUGCUGGACGAUUUCAGGAAUCGAAGGCUCGGGGUUCUGGAAGUGACAGACGCAUCCAUUCUCCAAGUGGAGUUCAAGAACUUGUCCCUUCUAGUUGUGAUUCUCCAUGUGAUGUGAAGAGUUUUCCUUUUGGAACAAGUACCAUUCGAGGAAGAGGAAUUACUCGAUGGCUGGAAAGUACACCUGCUCUAAGCAAAUCUUUCAGUAACUGAAAAUCUUCAAAUCCAGGACAGCCAUACAUUUCUUUUUCUUCCUUGUUUCCCUAAGAUAACCAGCAGUUUCUCCAGACUGCAGUUUUUCAUCUUACACGCAACUUUUGAUCGUUCAAGUUCUUGUUAAAAUGAUAAAACUGUCAUUUACUGGACUGAAGGGAAGAAAAUCUUCUUCAUUAUCUACAGGAAGGUGUUUUAAAGUUGCAUUCUCUCUGAAAAAUGCCGUGAUAGUUCUGUUUCUUAAUGGAUGGAGUGCAAAUUCAAGAGCGUUUAGCUACAUCACUGGAUUAGAAAUUCUUUAGUGGCCAAUGCAGCUUUAAACGAGUGCUGCUUUACUUUAUUUUUUUCCUUUAGUAACCUCCUUCAUCUCAUCUGUAUGUGCAAAAUAAUAUUUCAGUGCAUAACUGUCUCUCUCCAAAUACGAUGGAGAGAGCAGUGGAGGUACGACAGGAUGCACUGGGGAAUGUAAAGAGUCAUGGUCUCAAAGGAUAGCUCAGUCUUUUUUUCCACCCAUUGAGAACUCGAGUAGUCAUUCAAUGCAGAAAAGCAGAUAUUCUAUCAAAAAGUGUGGUGGCAGUUUUAUUGGUCUGUUAGUAUUCUUUUCGAGGCAUAAACUGUGUAUCAGGAAUAUGGAUACUGUUUUUUCCUUUGCAUCAGCAAUUAAAAGAUUUGUGUUCCUUAAAAUUAGUGCUGAUUUAUUAUUAUUAUUAAAUUGACUGAGACCAUUCGUAUUUAUUUGAGGGGACAGGAAUACUGGGAAUAGCUCCAGUAUUCCCAGGAAUAAUGGGAAAUUAGAUGUUUCAUGGAGAUGCAAAUCUUGGAUGUGUCUCUAAUUAGUUGUCUAUUAUGUAAAUGUCCUCCUUAGUGUAUGUGUCUUCGAACAACUGAUUCUCAAAAAUAAGAGCUUUUUUAGUUUUUUACAUCUUGUUCCAGCAGAGGUCCGGUUGUGCAAUACUAUCUCCAUAGCAACUAACUGUGAGAGGAAAUGAAUUUCAUUCCUUUUAGGAACUGGAUCUUAGAAUUGAGUAGUUCCAUCUUUGGAAUGAUAGGAGGGGAGGAAAAAGAAUCAACACAUCUGUGAGCAAACUCAGGUGUGCUGACCAGUAUUUUAGAAAGUGCCACUUGCUGGUUUGAUUGGAAACCUGUUAAAAGCCAUUUUGAGGGCCUUCUUCCAGGAUCACUGGACCAUUUUGAUGUAUCCUAUUGAAGAGUUUGCUCUUGUCAUUGAAUUUCCUUGCCUAACUCCAUUUGCUUCCUUUGAGGUGGUUGUUCUGCCUGCUAGACAUUACCAGUUAAAGCUCAAUAAACCUUGAAGACUGAGAUUUACCAGACGUAAAGGCAUCAGGGAGCUUUGUAACAGGGUAACAAGGUCUACUUAUUAGUAGAAGAGGUUUUUAUCUGCUGUGGAAUACAGUUGAGUUCUAAGUUUUCCAGUUGAUGGCUGCACUGAUGUUUCAGAAUGUACAGAACUGUAAUCUUUGGAUUAUUUUCAGAAGUCAGUACAAUAAAAGUUUCAUGUUUCA